UUGAGAUCUUGCGAAUCGGUUUCUCGCUUAAAUGGAGCUGGAAACGAAGGAUACACAAAAAUCAAGAGAGUUUUCUAAUAAAAAUAGAGAUGGCAGAGGAUCAAAUUUUGAAGAAGCUAUAUCGGCUUGCGGCUAUGGUAAAUUUCAUUAUUUACUACUCUUAGUAAUUAUACCUGCUUCUUGGGCAUCCGUGCUAGAUAGUUCAAAUAUGUCAAUGAUAUUGCCAUCUGCUGAAUGCGAUUUAGAUUUGACACUUUAUCACAAAGGUAUACUUAAUGGGAUUUCAUAUGCAGGCAUGGUUAGUAGUGCAUUGUUGUGGGGAUUUAUGGCUGAUGUAUUCGGUAGAAGACCUAUAUUAUUAUAUGGAUUUUUAGCCGAUGGAAUUUGCAAUUUACUUUGUGGAUUUUCUCAGAACUUUGCAACUAUCGUAAUAUUCAAAUUCAUCAGCGGGUUUAUUGUAAGUGGACCUUAUGCUACAAUUAUGACAUAUUGUGCUGAAUUUUAUUGUACUAAAGAUCGUCCGAGAAUUACUUUAGCAAUUGGUUUCACGUGUUUUGCUGGAUGUAUUGUUAAUGCGGCUAUGGCUUGGCUCAUUAUUCCUCGAAACUGGUACUUUCAAUUUGGAGAUGAUUCUUUCAUUUAUAACUCAUGGAGAAUAUAUCUAAGCUCAUGUGGUCUUCCAAUACUUAUCGGUGCACUAGGUUUAUCUUUUUUUCCUGAAAGUCCAAAAUUUUUAAUGAGUCAAGGACGAAAUGAAGAAGCUUUGAGUAUAUUUAGAUCAAUAUAUGUUAUAAACAAGAAAAAAUCGGCAGAAACAUAUUCAAUAAAAGUGCUCGAGAAUGAACUGACAGAUGAGAUUCCUGUAUCAGUGACAGAAACAAGGGCGUAUCCAAAGAGUUUCAAAAGCGUCAUAUGUCAAGGAUUGCUUCAAAUGAAGCCGCUCUUCAUGGGUUCCAACUUGAUGCGACUUUUAUUAAUGGUGACAAUACAGUUUGGAGGCAUGCUUUGUGCAAACACUUUGAGACUCUGGCAACCUCAAUUAUUUGCAACCUUGAAUCACUAUCAAGGUAACGCUAGUGGAGGAGCUUUAAAUUUAACAUUUUGUGAAAUUUUGGAUACAACAAAUACAAAAGUAAUAAAAGUAGAGAAUAUUCAUGAAACCGAACCUGAAUGCAUAGUGAAACAUGUAGAUAGCACCGUGUACAUUUUCACCUUACUGGUAUCAACAGCGAUAACUAUCUGUUUAUUAUUAGCAACUGCUUUAGUUAAUAUAGUAAAUAACAAAAAUCUUUUGAUAUUAUGUUUUGUUGUCUCAACGAGUUCUAUACUUUUAUUAAAUUGGGCGAGCCACUAUACUGUAAUCAUUCUGCUCACUUCUUUCUUCGUUGGAUUAAUGAGCACUACGACCACAUUAGUCAUAAGUGUUACUGUAAAUCUGUUUCCUACAUCUCUAAGAACUAUGGCAGUAAGCUUAGCUAUGAUGGUUGGACGUAUCGGAGCAUUGUCGGGAAAUAUAUUAUUUCCAAUUUUUCUUGAUUACGGAUGCAUCGUCACAGUUAUAUCACUUGCAGUCAUUCUCAUUGUUUCAUUGGUAUUAACAAUAUUUAUACCAAAAAGUAAAAAUAAUGUAAAAUAACAUCAACGAUACAUGAAUGAAAAAAAGAAUUACAUUUUAUAAAGCUUCAAAAUGGUGAGCUAUGAGUAUUGCUUGUAAUAUAUAAAAAAAUUAUGAUAAUGCAGUAUCAGUAUUAAGAAUUUAGAUGUUGAGAUAAAUUUCGUUAAAUACACUUGUUUAACGUCAGCAAAGUGCAGCAAGAUAUAUAUUUAUUAUUGUAAAAUAUUUGAAAUGAAUAAAAAUCAACCAAUAAUUAA